UGAUACCACCACGGACUGUUUCCUUGUUGAGAUUCAAUUAGCACAUGCGCAUUUGCGAUGAGUUGCCAUCAUAGAGCAAUGAGCAAACAGUCGGUUGUUAUAUUUGAAUGAACGUAUAUUGAAAAGUAUGGAUUUAAAGCAAACAAAGCCACGCUAACAUGAGUACACGUUUUAUAAUUUAAAGUAUUGACCUUGGGCGAAUCGAUGUAGUCUGAGCUAGAUUACCACAAAGCCUGGUCUCGGCGACACUCAGUUGAAGUUAAUCAGAAACAAACUUCACCAUGGAGUUUAGUCCAUUACUGGCUGGCUAACUUAACCUGUAGCUAGAUAGUUUAUUACCGAGGUACAAUACUCAGUUUGGAUGUUUUUCUUUUCUUCUGUACACAGUAAGGAAGGCUAUAAUAUUUAUAGCAAUCAUACUAGUCCCAUUUAAGCUUGAAUUAGGUUCCUUGGUGGAAUCAUUGAUUAGAAAUGACCGGACAGGUGAAAGCUAUGUGGUGAAGCCCUUGAGUUCACCUGUUCAAUCAUGUUUUAUUAACAGUGAUUACAUCAAGGGAGGUAUGAAUGCACCGGGUCUUGUUCCUUCCCUUUCUUGGGCAAAAUGCUGCCAGAAAACAUCUAGCAGCAUCAUGGAUGAGCUAGCUAAUUACUGAACCCUGAAUAAAUUGGAAGUAAAAAAUCUAAUCACAUUUUUUUGGUCACAUACACAUGGCUUCAGAGUCCAAACGAGAGCAGUUUCAAAGAUACCUGGAGAAGGCUGGUGUCCUUGACAGCCUCACCAGUGUGCUGGUGGCAUUGUAUGAAGAGACGGAGAAACCCAACAAUGCGCUUGAUUUCCUCAAGCAGCACUUGGGUGUGGCUGGCCAGGAGUCUGCAGACACUGAGGCACUCCAGCAGGACCUAAGAGACAUGCGGCAGAGGUGUGAGCUGCUGGCCGAGGAGAACAAAGACCUCAAGAACAGGCUUCAACGCUAUGAGCCUACAAAAGAGGAUGGAGCUGCCGAAUAGGAUGUGCCUCGGCUUUAUUGAAGUCAUUUUGUUAGAAACUCAGAUUUUUAUGGCAAGUCGAAACCAACAACUGGAGGCAAGGGAUUUUAUUCACCUCUGUUUUUUUUCUACUAGGUUUAAGUAUUUAACUUAAUUUGUAUAUUUGAUUAUAUUGAAAUAUAAUAGCUUUUGUCCUUUGACUGUCUCCCCCUCAUAAAAGCAAACCCCCUUUUUCUGCUCUCAGUGUACUUAUCCUACUGUACACCAAUGCUUUGUAUCUAGUAAACAAACAUUAACGUAA